GGGCAGCCGCUUCGCCCCCUGGGUAUUGGCUCCGCCCCCGGCCUCCCGGCUUCUCUAAAGUUUGGGGAACUGUGUUCCGGCGACACCGGUUCCACUGUCUUCCUUCCAUCCUCCAUUGCUUCCUCCCCAGCGAUGGCGUCCGGGUUGGUGAGGUUUCUCCAGUUGGGGCCUCGCUGCCUCUUAGCUCCGGCCGCCCCCACGCUUCUCCCGCCCGUUCGGGGAGUGAAAAAGGGAUUCCGCGCCGCCUACCGCUUCCAGAAGGAGCUGGAGCGCUGGCGCCUGCUGCGCUGCCCGCCGCCGCCCGUGCGCCGUUCAGAGAAGCCCAACUGGGAUUACCAUGCUGAGAUACAAGCUUUUGGUCACCGGUUACAGGAAACCUUUUCCUUAGAUCUUCUCAAAACUGCAUUUGUUAACAACUGCUAUAUUAAAAGUGAAGAGGCCAAACGUCAGAAGCUUGGCAUAGAGAAAGAAGCUGUUCUUCUGAAUCUUAAAGACAAUCAAGAACUAUCUGAACAAGGGAUUUCUUUUUCCCGAACGUGCCUCACACAAUUUCUUGAAGAUGAGUACCCAGACUUGCCUACUGAGGGCAUCAGAAACCUAGUUAACUUUCUUACUGGUGAGGAAGUCAUGUGUCAUGUGGCUAGAAAUUUGGCUGUGGAGCAGUUGACUCUGAGUGCAGAAUUUCCAGUUCCUCCGCCUGUGUUGCAGCGGACUUUCUUUGCAGUGAUUGGAGCCCUGCUACAGAGCAGUGGACCUGAAAGGACAGCACUUUUCAUCAGGGACUUCCUAAUUACUCAACUGACUGGAAAAGAGCUUUUUGAGAUGUGGAAGAUAGUAAAUCCCAUGGGACUGCUGGUAGAAGAAUUGAAGAAGAGAAACAUUUCAGCACCUGAAUCUAGACUUACUAGGCAGUCUGGAAGCACCACAGCUUUGCCUUUGUAUUUUGUUGGCUUAUACUGUGAUAAAAAGUUGAUGGCAGAAGGACCUGGGGAGACGGUAUUGGCUGCAGAAGAAGAAGCUGCUCGAGUGGCACUUAGAAAACUGUAUGGGUUCACGGAGAGCAGAAGGCCCUGGGACUACUCCAAGCCCAGGGAGAGCUGGAGGGCGAGGACCAUCAGCACUGCCAGCUGACCCAGUGGGGAUGCGCCGCCCUGACACCAGAGGUGUUCCAAGCCAAACAGUUCCAGAAUUGUAAAUAAGUGUCCUGUUCUUCACAUCGUGUUCCUAAAAUUAAAUGUUUAUUAGGUCAUAGGUUUGUGUUUUGUCAAAAUUGUUUGUUUUUUUUUAAAAUUUUCUAAGAAAUUAUUUUCUGAAGUCCUUCUUUUCUCCCUAAUUAUUUCACGUGUACAGCUAGGUGUCUUUUAUUCCCCUCCAUCUGUGAGCUGUUACAAUUCAAGACAGCAUGGCAUAUGUCUUAGGGGAAGUUUGCUGUGAUACCAGUAAAAAGUCAUCGUUCCUUUCAGUGUCA